AAUGUCAGUGGCAGAGCCCACAACAGCUGCGGAGGGUGGGUGCCAUCGAUAGACUACGAAACUAGAUUCAUCGGAGCGCCCUUGCACGAUCGCUCGAUUCCUAAACGUUUUUUCAUCCAACUGUGCUUAGGAAUUGAGCUGGUGAAUACAGAUAGCAUCUCGGCGAGCUAGAGGGGCAGCUACUGGCUACAAAUUCCGCAAGAAGAUUUUGAUGCUGCUGGCUUGUGCUGCCGAGACGCUGCGCGUUGGACGUCAACUUCCCUUGCACGCCUCUGCUCGUGAUUGUUAGUCCCGGCAUCAAGAUGCUAUCGACUACGCGAGAACUGUGCACGCCGAAGCGCUGAAAACGAAGAAAAGGCACUGCGCACUUGAAUUGCUCAACACCCAACCGCCCUCGCGCAUCGAGGUCCGUGCGCCACUUCUCCCAGAUUGCGCACCGACAACCCAGUUCGGGAUCGACGGCCCUGCGAUAUCAAACGGCCGAAAGGAACAGAACGACGAACCGACUUUACACAAUAGCUUUUUUUUUUUUUUUCGUUCCAGUCGCAGCGUGUGAAACAGCCGGAAGCUGCGGGGAUAUGCUUCCGUGCUAGACAGCAGUGCUAAAGUGGAGCGCGGUUGCAAAGCGAAAGCUGCGAUCCGGCUUUUCGCGUCGCACCACACUAAACGCGCGAGCGUCGCAUGGGCUCUACGUGCGCGCUCUUUCAGUGCCGUACGUGCGUCAUUCAAGCCACUGGCGCAUGUUGCUGUUACAGCUGGUACUGUUGCUUGACCGAUGACGUGCCUGUUUGACGGUUGGGCCGGACGAGUUAGGUGUUGUUGAUCGGUGGCGCACACCGGCCGUUCGGCUGAUGUCAGGCGCUGCGGACGUUUUGAGUUUCGCGAUAAGGACUAGAACAUAGGUGCGACUGAGGCCAUCCUCGCGCAGUGUAAUCGUUUCCUCACUUGUGCAAUCUUGGCGCGUGCUGCGCGGUGUAUCGAGGUGGAGCGGUGGUGGCGGCAGCCGCAUUGGAUCGCCGUAGAAGAGACGCACCUCCCUCGGGCUGCUGCACCCUGAGGCUGGUCCGCAGGAUGGGUGCGCUAGUGAGCAGCUUCUUUCAGACGGGGGGACACUUGUUGUCGCCAGGUGCGUCUGAGAGUACGCGCUGUGUCAUCCUGGAACUACUCGAGGAGAUGCGCUCGAGAGAGGCAUCUCACAUCCACUGGUCGUCGAUAGAAAGUUACCUUGUGCAGAUACCAAAGGGUGAAAACGUCUUGUCAGUGGUGGGUCCGGACAACUACAACCUGCUUCAACGAGCCAUUGGCUUCAACUGUGUUGAACUGGUGCGCUGGAUUCUGGGGCGGGGCUGCGACGUAAACCGAGGCGUUUGCAGCCUGCCCCUGCACAUUGCUGCCCUGCAAGGCAAUGAAGAAAUCGUUGAGCUACUGCUAAAACAUGGAGCUCGUGUUGACACCGAGGCACGGAUGUGCUUCCCAGGUCCACAUAAUCAGGUGUGCGAGCUUUGCAGUUCAGUGGGGGGCACUGGCCCCUCUUCUGACCGCUACUCUGAGCGCCUUCAAUCUGCGGAGUACUAUGCCAUCGAUGGCGACCAUUCGGAUAUCUUGGAGCUCUUGUUGGCUCAAGGAGAAGACAGCUGGCUACCCUGGCAGCAGAAGCGGCCCUUACUGCAUCUGGCUUGUGAGCGGGGUGCCUGGAAUUGUGUUCGCUUCCUAGUUGCAGAACGCUCCGAGGAGCUCAAUCAGUGUUACGACGAGUACUACCCCAUCCACCAGGCUGCGCUUCAGGACAAGAAGUUCUUGGAGUUGCUCAUACAGUGUGGGGCCGAAGUGAGUGCUCGCACGACAACUCAGCAGCUGACUGUGCUCCACGUGGUGCUUUUGCUGGGGAAGAAGUCUGCCGAGGAGACACUAUCGGUGCUGAGGGCCCUGCAGGACCACGGCUGUCGCGAACUUCUCAACGAGCCCGACAGCCUGGGUAACACACCCUUGCACGUGCUAAUUGUGCGCUACGCACUGGAGGAGUCUCGACUUGGCUACCAAGAGCCACGCCCGUGGACUAAGUGGGAUAUGCUUCAUUUAGUGCGCUACCUGCUACAGAGCGGUGCUGGGCCAAGCAUCAAUCGACCGGGGAACAGCGCAUUGGCGUGUGUUCUUCGCCACGUCCGCGACUGGGAGUUCCGUUACGAGCUGCUGGACAUGCUCCUUCAAAACGGUGGCGAUCCCAACUGUGUCGGUCGCGACGGAUCAGCACCGCUCAUGGUUUGCCUGGUGCCUCUCAUCAACAAGGAUCCGCUGCAUUCUCUCUCUCACAACAAGAAGGUGUUCUACCUCAACUCGGUGCGUCUGCUGUGUCGGUACGGGGCAAAUCCCAACUGCAAGUCGCGCAGCAACCUGACCCCCAUGCACGUGCUGGUCUUCACGGCGAGCGAGUACAUCACGCUGAACAGGGAGGACGACAAGCGCAGUGCGUUCACCUUCAUCCGACAGCUGUUGACGGUGCUUCUUCAGCACGGACUGGACCCGAAUGCCCGCUUCUCGCAGCGAAUGCAGCACAUCUUGCUGGCUCUGUUGGACUUGGUGCAAAACGCGAGGCUCGCGUCUGACUUAGAACAUGUGCAUGCGCUAACACUUGCACUCCUCGUGCAUGGUGCAGACCCAGAUGUGCAAGUCAGCUCGUCAGACCCGGUCAUCUGUCACUCGCAGAGCUCAGUGUUCCUCAAGAAAGCCUCCAGUCAGGUCCUACACUAUUACAUCCAUCAACUGAGCCGCAAGCACGACCUGCUUAACGACCCCGAGCAGCGGUUCGCUGACCUUAUUCGACUGUUCUACUACACCAUGGACCACCGCAAGCUCUACAGUUGCCUCAAGAGUUUUCUGAGCCAGCCGGUCGUGUUGCCUGCAGUGACCGCCGGUUGCAUCACACAGCUACUGAAGUCCAUGUACAGCCAACCACGCUCGCUCAAGCAGAUAGCCCGGGUUGCCAUACACCAGGCUCUGCGACACCAAGUUGCCACGCUGGUGGGAAAACUCUCGCUCCCCGGACCUUUAAAAGAAUACUUGCUCCUUGACUGGACGCCUUAAAGCUAGCGCACCUGCCAACUUGAAUGCUGUACUGUUGCCAUGGCAAUGGUGUUGUGUUUUAUCUCUGCGUUCUCGGCGUGAAAGAAUUACAGUGUAUAGAGACGAGGACAGUAACAAAGAUGCACAGACAACACGUGCAGGCACUGUGUGGAUUGUCAGUUGCACGGCUUUGUCCUUAUCUGUUUGCACUGCAAUUCGUUUGUUUCUAGUGUGUGGUGCCAGGUACGUAGUCUGUGUAAGAGAACUGUUGGAUCUCUUUGUAUGUGUGUAGUCAAGCGUGGCCUUCUCUUGUCCCUGAGCUUUUUGUCUGCGAUUUUUUUUUCUAGUGCAAGAAAGUUCGUGCUUCAAUUCUGGCUGUGUCAAAGGGCCUCUCCUACUGCUGCUGUCCUUUUGCAUGUUUUUUGUUAAGCACUUCAUACUCCUUUAGCUGUUCUCUAGUUUACUAUUGUGGAGAGACGGAAUGCGAACAAUUUAGGCAUAUUUACAACACAAUAUUAUUUGCUUAACUACCCAUUCGCUCUUGUAUGAUGUCUGCUAUGUACUUUUGUUUUGUAAGAUCAGUUUGAGGCUUGCACCAUCUUUCAAGUCACUACUUCAAAUCUUACCUUACAAGUUUUAACUUGCAACAGGUGUUCUGCUUUGUGCGUUCCUGUUCAUGCCCAACUUGCCCACAAUAGUAUGUGGAUGAUCUUUUAUGCACGCAUUGCAAAAGAAGCCACUGACGGCUGCAGGGCCCAGUGAUAAGUGUGCCAGUGACAGAGAAGCAAUAGGGUGCCACAACGAUGGCCGAGUGCUACACUGUCUGAAUAUCAUGCAUGAAACUACUGAAAGUUGAGUGAAUUGGUGGGGGUAUUCUAUCUGCUGAAGGUCGUGCGUGCAAACACAGGUACAAAAGAAAAUGAAAACAUGUUUGUGGUGUUUGUUUCAUUCCUUUACGCGUCCAUGUUUGCAUCCAGUAACAUACAUUCAAUUAUUGGUUUAGCUUUCUUAGCCACCCAAUAUAUUUACAGCGAUGGAAGCAGGACGAGGAUAUCAAACGCGACAAAGUUUUGACAGGGGAUGUUUUAGAAUGGGUGACCAGCCACGGUGGCACAUUUCUCAUGAAGACCUUCUCACUUAAGAUUUCACAGGUUCUCAUUUUUUAAUGCAUGCACUUUUAUUUGAUUGUUAUACAACCUUGAAUCUAGUGAUACUUUUUAUGAUCGCACAUAGCUCAGUCUCAUUACAGUGCAGACAAGUCGCAAGUUAAGGAAACAACACAACAAGAAUAAUGCAAGACUGUGAAGGAACUAAAACUGUAAGCUAAUGCGAGAGUGCUGUAUAAUUUCUUAUGCGUACAAUAAACGUUUUACGUAUUUUUACUGUACAUUUAACUGUAGUAAAAACGGAACUUAAAUUUAUUCUGCUACGCACUUUCGACGUUCAAUGGCUUGUAUUGCCAGCAAGAAAAUACUGUCGUAACCUUGUAUUAUUUUUUACAUGUUGCAGGUAAUAAGUUGAAAUAAUCCUUAAUUGUUGAAAAGACUAGCAUUCUGAUUAAUAUCGUAACUGCAAAAGUAAUCAAAAACCGUGCAAACAGGUGAACGCUGCAAGGUUAUCAGAAAAAGGCUCGGAGAUGUAGUAAAUUCAUAACAAGGGCAUUUGUCUGGCAGAAGAAUGUAAAACUUUUUGAAAGCAAUUUACAAGUACAAAUCACAUGUGAAAAAGAAAAAGAAUGAACAUCAACGAUUAUGGGUGAAAGCUAUUGCUCGAGCAUUGUUGUACAAUGCACGUGAGGCUAUGCAAAUGGCAUUGUGGACAUCAGUGCAGAAUAUGCUUCAGUACUGGACCUUAGAAAAAAAAUCUUCCACAGGGUACUACUUCCACAUGUGAAACCAUAGUUAAUCACAGGCUUCACAAAUUUCAAAUGUCUCUUGAAAGUUAUCACUGUACGUGUAACGAAUCUAAUACUAUAGGGUAUUGAUGUGUAAUGAAGGUACUUUAUCAGGCAUGUUCUAUUUAGGUUUAGCUGUAUGAUCCACAAGAAUGUGCCUUUGUUUAGUCAAGGUCCUGGACAAUGCAUAUCUCCCAUCGCUUCGUUGCAGUAACGAACUUAUGAGCAGGUUUCAACCAAAUGCUGUCAUGCAUUUAUUUGUAUUGACAGUGGUGCGCUGUAGAUGCUUCAGCUUCUUGUGCUAUCGGCUCUGCAGUGGCUUUUUCAUCAUGCUAAACAAAACAAACAAUGCUAAACAAAACAAAAAUAUUUUGUUCUCUUUCUCGUACAAGCUUACUAAAAUGUCCAGAGGGCAUAACUAAACAAAAUGGUUUUUGUAGAUUGUGUUUUUCUUGCUAACAGUACUGCAUGUAGAGAGGUUAACUGAAUUUCACUGCAGUAUCUGCCAACGUGCAAUAAUAAACUUUUUUUAUCAUUUUAUGUUUCGCAAGUUAUCGAACUCAUAUUCUUCAGUGAAAAUGUAUGCUUAGAACGACAAGAAGUUGCGCUAGUUUGUAGCGAUUUGUAACAAAAGAGCGUAAGGCAUGGCUGACACAAACACAAAUGCAUGUAGCUUGAUCUCUUUUUUAUUUUCCCCCAAUCUCACUCCUACAACUGAGAUGUCAUGUGGGCUGCCCCGCUCCUAACACUUAAGAAUGUCAAUUCACUUUGCGGUAAUGACUAAAAAUGUGCAACUUUGGUGGUGUGACUACCAAUGCAGCUUGCAAGUGCAAAAUGAGUUUCCAAAGUUUACCAGGUUAGCUAUGUAGGCCUGGAUUGCACUGCUUAAUUGCUUCAAUAAAGGGUAAAGUCGCGUGAUUCGACAGCAAGUUCCCAAACACGCAUAUUGCAUUUCAUUGUUAGCCAUGCUUGGUUUGCUCAUGUCCACGCUAACCAAUGAUGCUAUGUUACCGUGGCACUACUGCCAAAGUUGCCGUUUGGCUGCAGUAUCUUGAUGAAAGGCCGUUAAGUGGGACUCUGCACUUUCCAGCAAAUCUGUUUUGCAGCUUACACAGUACGCCUUGUGGUCAGCGCUAGUGCAGCUUGCAACUCUUGGUUGCAAACUUGUUUUGCGUGUUUCAACUGCCAGUCUUGUAAAGCUCUCCCCAGAAUGAACAAACUUAUGUUUGUCAUGUUCACAUCAAACACUGCAUUUUAUGUGUGUAGUCGUAAAGGAAUGCUAAAGGCAAACAUUGAAUCAAUCUGUAGCAUUGUUACCCCGCUAGGAAUUACAUGGCAUAUUUUGUGCUGUUAAAUUCUUUACCAGUAAGUCCAUGCUAUUCCAGCUCUCUAGGAAGUCUUGUACUUCGGGGAGCUAGUACUGGCUGCAUUGAGUUGUCGGGUUUCAGAACCCCUCUCUGGUGCCGCAUUUUUAUAAAUGGUGCCAACAGAGCGAUGCAAAGAGGUAACACUAUGUUCUGCUCUACGGAAAUCAAGUAAACGUGGCGCAACUGCACCCUGUCUCACGCUGAAAUACAACUCAAUUAUUUUUUCCAGAAGCAGUCAACUGCUGGUCAGCAGUUAACGUGUUUUGGCACUGUGUUUUUAAUCAUGUGCCAGUCCUUUCCCACACUUGUGCCAUUUUCUGUCUGGUGACAGCUUUGUUCUCAGUGUGAUGGAUGUUAUAGACCUUCCGUACUAAUGCCCCCAUCUACAGCUUGAGCUAAUUUUUGCCUUCGGUGCCUGCUCUGGAAGGUAUAUAUUUGGAGCAGCCAGCAAUGCUGCAGACUGAGUGUUUACAGAAUAUUAGGUGUUCUACGCAGCGCUGGUUGUGCAAGCAGAAACUUGAAGCGCAUGAACAUUUCAUGGUACUCUGUGCUCUGGACACACAGACUACAACUUGUGGCAGUCAGUCACGUCUAUAAAAAAAAAUGUGUGCCACGUCGAGCAUCGCCAGAUCUUAGGAUGCAACGUGCCACCAUUUUGUUGAGUGCAAGAUCUUCGUGUUUCAGAGGCUGGCAUGCUUUCUGCACAGUGCACAGACAUUCUUUUUUUCUUCUAUUCUCAUAGUCAUGGUUGAAAGGCUUGUACUUUCAUUAAUGCGUAUAUACUUGUAACACGGCUGGUAUGGCCUCAAACGUACGUCACACACUGCCGCAACCGUAAAACCUGAUGGUUUCUAUGUACAUAAUGUGCAGCAUGUUCUGCUGGACAGUGUGAAAGUGGUGAACCAACGAAUGAAGUCGUAAUGUUGAGUGUAUACAGAGGUGUCUGACGUCGUCUCUUUGGUUGGAGAGAAGUGUGUGUGUGCCCUUCAUAGCAAUUGUAUCUCUUCUGGCAAGGUGCAUGUGCUGAAGUUUUUUUCAGCUUGUGAACAUUUUGAGAAUCCUGAAGCUAUUUCUCUGUGAAACUGUACAUUGAUAGCUGAAGUGAUGGUGUGAUUGCCCAAACUGGAUUUGGCGCUGUUUCCCUCAGCAUGUGCACAUUUUAGACACU